GCGGGGCGGGUAACCGGCGUGCGGGCGGAGCAGACAGUCGUGUGCCGGUCGCGAUGGGAUGUGGUGCGUCCACGGUUUGCAAGCAAUCGGAGGCCGACGCAGAGAACAGUCUAGAAAGAAAACGCAAGAUAAAGGACAAUUGGAAAAGCAACAAUUUAAAUAUAAUUGAUGAUCUACAUAGAUCCAAAGUGUUGGAGAAUGGAUCAAUUGCAUUGCCCAGAGCAAUACAACACUCCUUGCCACCUUUAAGGAAAGCAAACGGGACAAUACUGUGGAAUGGAUUUAAUGAUGAUUUAGCACUUACUGCGAGCAGCUUGCUGAAGAAAAAUGGACCAAUAAAUGAAAUCAGGGAGAGACCAAGAUCUGUUGAAAUUCUGCAAGAACUUUUAGUUCAAGGGAUCUUAAAUCGGACUCAGAAUGAAGAAUGGCAGGAAGCUCACAGUCCUCUGCUUGUUGUGAAGUCAACUGAGGGAAUGCUAAAGAAGUUUCCGUCCAGACUCGAUAAGUUAAGGAAUGAAACAAUUAAACAAAAUAAUGUAACAAUAGAGGAUAUUGAAAACAAAAUGAUGGCAGAAGAUGAAAGAAGAAAGAUGAAAGAAGUCAAGCUAAAGGAAAGACUGAGUAAGUUUAAUUCUUCAGUAUUGACAAUCAAAGACCAAUCUACUGGAAAGCCAACAAUACCUGACUCUGCAAAAAAGGAGGAAAAUGUUGAGGAAGUAACUAUCGCACAGAAAGAAAUUCAGCAGGAAAUGCAGGAGGUGUUGAAGGGAAAAGAGAGCAAUGAUGAAGUGAAUGGUAGGAAUGCAUCAAAUGAGCAGGAGAACAUGGUUAAUUCUGCACAGAGAGGGGAGGCAGUAGAAAUAGAUGAUGGCCAUUAUUUGACAACAAGACAAGUCGAGAAAGUAAUUGUGAACACAAGCUGAAUCAAUUUCACAAAUCAUUCAUCAAUUUCUAAAUGGCUUGCUUGUGUCAAUGGAUUUUUGUGUUCCUUUUUAAUAUGAUCUUGCACAGUCUUAAACUAAGAAUUGCCAAAUUCUGC